AUGGUCACAGGGGUGACAGACUACCAGCCGCCGUUCUAUAUACCGCAUGUUUUACGGGCACGAACGAGGCAGUUUUACCUAACGUACAACGGCUGCAACUUUCGGUGCAUCACGUUGGAACCACCGCAGGAUGUCAAGUACAAGGGACGGUGCCUGUUUGUCCAUGGCUACAGAGAGUCCAGCGAGCUACAUCUUCGCAUGAUGGAUGCUCUUGCUCUUCACGGCUACGCGUGCUUUAUAUUUGACCAGCGCCGCAACGGGCUUUCGAGGCCCCGGGGAUUUCUUGAUUACACCAACGACUACUACACAUUCCGGGACCUUGAGUUCUUUGUCAGCUACAACCUGGCCAUCGAAAGCGACAACCUGUGUCUGGUCGGCCACUCGAUGGGAGGAGCCAUUGUCCUUGAUUACAUGAUGAACGGUGCUAGCAGACACAGAAUCCGGACGGUUGUGACGUCUUCGCCGCUGCUGCUGCACCGCGACAACAACUCGCUGUGGAAGUUUCUGCUCCUGCUGGUUCUGAGCUACGUUCCGCUGCUCAACUUGUUGACGCUGCAAAAGACGGACGUCGACGUCGUCAGAAAGCAACAGGUGCUGCAAAAAGCUUUGGAAGAGGAGGAGUUCAGAAAGCUGGCUACGAGAAACAGACUGACUAACGACAUGAAGUGGCUAAAGGCAGUCAACGAGGUGCGUCUGAUCUCAAAGCCAGGGACGAUCGAGGAGGUCAUACAUAUUUUGAGGCGCGGCAUAUACCUGUUGGACAACUGCGAUAGGGCCCGUGAGAGGUACGCGGAGCUCAAACGUUGCAAAUUCCUGGUGUGCCAGACCUAUGACGACCCCCUAGCAGAUACUCGUGGCGUGCACAGCUUUGUGAAGGCUAUUCCAAAAAUCCGGAUCCGGUGGUACGACAACUGCAAACACGCCCUGUUCAUUGAGCGGAACAGGGUGUUUGAGCGGGUGCUUAGUGACAUUUUGCAGACUUUGAAUGAGUAG